GGCGUAUAUGUUCGCCGUGCUGCUCAAGCACGGUGUCCCGAGCAAUUCGCAGACUUUUACUGUUGCAGCCUUAAGCCUCGUCAUCGUGUAAUUGCUGCUGGUGGAAUGCCGCCUCUCGAAUUCGAAUGGGAACGAAAGAGAACUGCUCAGCGAGAACGCUUCGGCACGUAUGGCUUGAAAAGUGGAGUUGAUCCGGCGAUAUGUUGGCCUACUGUAGAGGAAAUUGAAGAAGAACAAGCAGUAGGCCUCUAUCGUGAGUAUGAUUUGUGUGUUCGAGAAAUGAACGCACUGAAGCAAAAAAAGGAGGCCAAGGAGGCGGCAAGAAUAGCAGAAUUAGAGAAGAAUCUCCAAAAGUACCCAGAAAUGCUUGCCAAGUACGAGGCGUCGCAGGUUAAGGCUGAGAAGGAACGCGAUGAAAAGGAAAUAGCAUUGGAGAACCGAAUACGAGAAAUACAAGAAUAUUUUGGUUACUGGAUGGAUCCGAAAGACCCGCGAUUCGAGGUAAUGCUCCAACAAAAGGAACAGGAGGAGAAAAAGGCAGCAAAGCUGGCGAAAAAAGCAGAGCAGCAGAAAAAGAGGAUUGCAGAUGUAGUUUAG